AGAACACGUGAAAGAUCGAGAAGGAAGAAACACGAAAAAAGAACCCAAAACGAUAGAUCGAGCACACAUCACGUCCAAGACAUCGAGUGCUGCCGUGAUUUGGUGAAGACAAUGAAGCUGAAAGAACAUGUUCUGGAUAUUUGUUCUUUCAUUUCGUUACUCGGUGCGAUUUAUUUCUACCAGGUUACGCAAGACCUGGUGAAUGAUUUAAGUCAAUACAGACAAGCCAACUUGAAUAUCACCGAAAGUUUGGACCAAGAAGGUGUGGUUUUCAAUCGGGUGCCCAAGGUAGGCAGUGAAAUGUUUUGGGCAAUCCUUGACAAACUGGCAACUUUGAAUAACUUUACCAGCUACUCAGACUCGCCCGAGGUGAAGCGGAAACGAAAAAGUGAAAACACAUUUCUGGCCACUCAAACCGAACGGAGACACUAUUUUGACAUCAUCCAGCUCAAUCUCACCAAACCAUACACCUACACCAAGCACCUCAAUUACAUUGAUUUCACCGAGUUCAAUGUCACCAAUCCCAUUUACAUCAACCUAGUUCGCCAUCCCGUGGACCGAGUCAUAUCUUGGUAUUACUAUAACCGCGCUCCAUGGCACAUUGUACGUUGGGACCAAGAACGCAAUGAUUCCACUCUCAGUCCCAACGCUCCCAGUUUGUAUAAGCUUAAGCGUACUUUUGAAGAAUGCGUUCUAGACCGAGAGGAUGAGUGUCGAUACGAAAAAGGCCAAUCUGUUCAUCACGGCCGUGGAGGCAGCCAUUACAGCCAGAUUGCCUUCUUUUGCGGCCAUCAUUGGGAGUGCGAAGUGUUUGAAAGUCCAAAGGCCUUGGCUCGAGCCAAAGCUAAUGUCGAGAAAAGUUUUGCUGUCGUAGGUGACCUUUCUGCCUUGGAGAAAUCGCUGACAGUCUUUGAGGCUUAUCUGCCUCGCUAUUUCAAAGGUGUCCAUGAGGUGUACUUUGAUCAUAUGAAGGGUGCUCAGAAGAACAAGAAUAUCUACAAGCCCAAGACGAGUAGGGUCAUCCGCAACCAGCUGUUGGGAAAUUUCACCCUCGAGAUUCAGUUCUACGAAUUCUGCCAACAACGCUUACACCGACAGUACUUAGCCAUCACGGAAUGAAUUUCCACAAACUCAUGGUCGUUCUUGGCCAAUGGCUGGUGGCGAAAACGAGAAACACUGGAUGUUCUCAUGACGCACUCUCGCCUGGCAUUCCUAUCUGACAGCCUUCAAAUGAAAGGAGAUACAACCAUAGAUAUGAUGCACAAACUACUCCAAGGCUAUUCUGCUCUCUACUUUUGGUGCCAAAAGAGCAUGCCGAUAAACGGUUUGCUUAUUCUAGCUUCCUUGAAAGAGCUUUCCACCUUUCAGUCACAACCAGAGACCAGUGAAUAUCUAGCCCAAGAAUAAAAUGAGAGCUCACCCAAAA